UAAAAAAGUAGGAGCGAUAAAAAGCAUUGUGUUGGGCUACCUGUGGAAUUGCAUUCAUAAGUUACAAGCCUGUAAAGUUGCAUUCAAACACACAGGUGCAUGAUGAUUUCGAAGGUUUCAAUUUUUCGGUUUCACGUGGUCAGUAAUUCCCUUAGAUGUAUAAGGUCAUUACACAUAGGAAGUAUUAGUUGUAGUCAUGUGCAUGCUAUCAUCAUGGGCCCACCAGGAUCAGGUAAAGGAACAGUUUCUGGAAGAAUCGUACGAGACUUUGGCCUCAGCCAUUUGUCCAGUGGAGACUUAUUAAGAUCUCACGUGCAAAAUGAAACAGAGGUGGGGAAAAAAGCUAAACGGUAUAUUGAACAAGGGAGUCUCGUUCCAGAUGAAGUAAUGGUGGAUCUUGUCCUUACCGAACUAAAGCAAAGAACCAACAGCUGGUUAUUGGACGGGUUCCCAAGAACUGUUAGUCAAGCAGAAGAACUAACCAAGAAUCAAACUAUAGAUGUAGUCAUCAAUCUUGAUGUUCCAUUUGAAACAAUCAUUGAAAGAAUUAAGCAAAGAUGGAUUCACUUUGCCAGUGGAAGAGUGUACAACUUAGAGUUCAAUCCUCCAAAACAACCAGGAAAGGAUGACAUUACUGGUGAACCUUUGACACAAAGAGAAGAUGAUAAGCCUGAGACUGUGAGAGCAAGAUUAAAAAAGUAUGAAGAAGAAACCAAGCCUCUGAUUGAAUAUUACAGAAUACUUGGCAAAGUACAGUCAUUUGCUGGAACUGAGACAAAUGUUAUCUGGCCAGUAGUAAAGAAAUAUCUGGAAGAAAACUACUUUAAGAACAAGUAAUACCAUUUGUGUGUGUAUAUAUAUACACAGCAGCCCUAAAACUUAAACAUAUUUGAGAUAUAAUAUCCAUAUAUACGAAGGAUAACAACCAUUUUUGAACAAAAUUUGUUAUCAAAUUGUUAUAGAAUACUUAAUGAGGCUUUUUAGCAUGUUUGAUGCUAAAUUGUUCCUUGUUUACAGUUUAUUUUGUAACAAAAAUAGCAACAAAACAUAUAUGUAUAUAUAUCGCUAUAGUAUGUGUCAAAGUUUUAGAGAUUGGGUGUAAUAUAUUCUUAGCCUUAAAUUGAAUUUUUCAUAAUCCCUUUCAUGUAAAAGGGAUUGGUAUAAUGGUACACAAAACCCAUUAAUGUUUUAAAUAGACAACAAGUAUUAGAUGAAUAGUACAAUAUAGUCUAAAUAAAAUAAAAUAUGUAUUUUUUUAAAUAACUAUAAUAAACCAUAGUGUUUAAACGUAGUAGGAAUAAAAUGAAUUGUCCAGUA